AUGGAGGAAGAAGAAGAAGAAGAAGAAGAAGAAGAAGAUGAUGAUGAUGAUAGUAUAUCAAUGUUUUCCCCACACAGAGCAAAAGGUUUCUUAGUCACAGCCAUCCCCCAAGCCACUCCGCUUUGCCUGGCACUUUCCUCUCCAGCGAAAAGAGGCACUGUUGCACUGCAUCUACGGAAAGAGCACUGGGCCUUGGACCUUCCUUGCUCUUUUUGUUCCCCACCGUUCCCUUCCAUUAUUCCUGCACCUGCACCUGGACCGCACCGUACCGUGCCUUCCUUCCUGCGUUACCAUCAAUUUACCUCCCUUCCACUUCCAGUGGCAGUUACCCCAAAGUCCAUCGGCCUUUCUUUGUCCGUUUCCUUUCACCACCACCUCGCGCACCAACCAGCCGUGCCAACCCACCUCCAAACAACAACCCAGAACCAUCUCUGGUACCUUCCCCUUGCUGAUCGACCGACGAACCACGAACUCUCCCCCCAGAUUCCUCCUACUGGCCGACUGCAUCCUUUUCUGCUUUCCACAAACAACCAAGCAAACCGAUCUCGUACAGCACCGCACCGACUCGCCUCACCUCGAUCAACCCUCCCUAACCGACUUCCUACAACCCGACCGAAUCCACCUCCUUCAGAUCACCCACUACUUCCCGACCGUCUACGAGCCCACUGUAUUCGAGAACUACGUCCAUGGUACGAUGCCUCGAUUCCCAGCGAAAGGCGCCAAGUCGGAAGAUGCCUUCGUCGCGAUCCUCCCUCUGCCGAUUUGAAAACUGACCUGAGAUUGCUAGACAUCUUCGUCGACAGUGUCCACAUCGAGCUUUCCCUCUGGGAUACCGCUGGCCAGGAAGAGUUCGACCGCCUCCGCAGCUUGUCUUACGACGAUACCGACCUCAUCAUGCUCUGCUACAGCGUCGACAGCAAGGACUCCCUCGAGAACGUCGAGAGCAAGUGGGUUGGAGAGAUCGCCGACAACUGUCCCGGCGUGAAGUUGGUUCUCGUCGCCCUCAAGUGCGAUCUCCGCGAGGCCGAUAAUGAGGAGGAGGAGGCCGCCGAGGGCCAGCAGCGAGAGAAGCGUCCCAUGAUCUCUUACGAGCAGGGCUUGGAGGUCGCUCGCCGCAUCAAUGCCCUCCGCUACCUCGAGUGCUCUGCCAUGCGCAACCGCGGUGUCAACGAGGCCUUCACCGAGGCCGCUCGCGUCGCCCUCAGUGUCAAGAAGGAUCGCGAAGAGUCUCAGUGCAUCAUUAUGUGA